UACGCAACUUACGCGGUGAACCUCGGCAGCGAUAGUUCCGGACAGAGAGGCGGGAAAUACUUUCAAGCGCCAACGUUGACUUCUGGAAACUACAACUACCAAAAGGCUACGGGCUCCUGGGCAAUUUCUCGUUUCCGUCGAGCUGUCCGUCUGGGCUGCUUCUGAGAGGUCAACUUGACUGGCUCUGCCAUCCUCCAUGGCUGCGACAGUUCAAGUGGCUACAUCAGUUCAAGGCUUCCUAUCUGCACAUCACUCUAGUUCAAAACAAGAAAGAUCUUUUCCAACCUCAACCAUCAAACCAGAGUCCCGGGCUUUACUCUGAUGGGACCAACUUAUGUCAUGUGUCAACUCUUCAUCCACAUACUGACCAGGGGAUACCAAGGUCUGAUUGGCUAAGGUCAAUUAAGCCCAUCUCUAGAGCCAUCAAGUUCAGCGCUGCCCAAGUCAUUGUUUGAUUCAACUGGUGGUGAAAUGGGGGUCAACCAGUCCGUGGGCUUUCCACCUGUCACAGGACCUCACCUGGUGGGCUGCGGGGAUGUGAUGGAGGGUCGGGGCCUCCAGGGGAGCUUCUUUCGACUCUUCUAUCCUUGCCAAGAGGCAGAGGUGACCACGGAGCUGCCCCUGUGGAUUCCCCGCUAUGAAUAUUGCACUGGCCUGGCCAAUUACCUGCAGUUUAAUAAGCGCUGGGGAGGAUUGCUGUUCAACCUGGCUGUGGGAUCUUGUCGCCUGCCUGUUAGCUGGAAUGGCCCCUUUAAGACAAAGGACUCUGGAUACCCCUUGAUCAUCUUCUCCCAUGGCCUGGGAGCCUUCAGGACACUGUAUUCAGCGUUCUGCAUGGAGCUGGCCUCCCAUGGCUUUGUGGUUGCUGUACCAGAGCACAGGGACGGGUCAGCUGCGGCCACCUGUUUCUGCAAGCAGGCCCCCGAGGAGAACCAGCCCACUACUGAGUCGCUGGAGGAGGAAUGGAUCCCCUACCGUCCAAUUGAGGAAGGGGAGAAGGAAUUCCAUGUUCGGAAUGGCCAGGUGCAUCAGAGGGUGAGCGAGUGUACACGGGUGUUGAAGAUCCUGCAAGAAGUCACUGCUGGGCAGACUGUCCUCAAUGUCUUGCCUGGUGGGUUUGAUCUGAUGACCUUGAAGGGCAGCAUCGACAUGAGCCGUGUGGCUGUGAUGGGACAUUCGUUUGGAGGGGCCACAGCUAUUCUGGCUUUGGCCAAGGAGACCCAAUUUCGGUGUGCUGUGGCUCUGGAUGCUUGGAUGUUUCCUCUGGAACAUGACUUUUACCCCAAGGCCCGAGGCCCUCUGUUCUUCAUCAAUGCUGAGAAAUUCCAGACAAUGGAGAGUGUCAACUUGAUGAAGAAGAUAUGUGCGCAGCAUGAACAAUCCAGGAUCGUAACUGUCCUUGGUUCUGUUCAUCGGAGUCAAACUGACUUUGCUUUUGUGGCUGGUAACUGGAUUGGUAAAUUGUUCCCCACUCAAACCCGUGGGAGCUUGGACCCCUAUGAAGGUCAGGAGACUGUGGUGCGGGCCAUGUUGGCCUUCCUGCAGAAGCACCUUGACCUGAAAGAGGACUAUGACCAAUGGAACAACCUCGUUGAAGGCAUUGGACCAUCACUCACCUCAGGGGCCCCACAUCAUCUGUCCAGCCUGUAGGCACAACUGGCCAUUUGUAAAAGGUCGCUGAGCUGAGUUCCCAUUUGGGGCCUGCCCAGGGACACCCAUAGCCUCCUCAGGAAGGUAGUUGGUAUGACCCUUCUUCAUAGACUGAGAGGAUGUAAUCAUACUGCUGAUUGGAUAACUGGGUACUUUGAUCUUGGAUUUGUUGAUCUUAAACUCAUGGUGGGACUUGGAUGGCUUACUGACUUUCUGGGGCCUGAGCCCUGAUGAUGUAGGGAACAAGCAGUGGGGUGGGGCUGGGGGCCCCCAAGCCCCAAGCGGAGCGCUAUUAACCCAGCGAGCCUACUCCCUCACCUUGGGCCAGUGUGGCUUCUGCAGUGGAAGAAAUGAAGCCAAAGAACGGAG